UGUGAGACACGGUGACCGGGAGGCAGCUGCAGCGGUUAGCGUCGAGCUUGGUCUCGGGGCUCCGGCUCUCCGCUACCCAGGCCUAGCGGCGGGCCGGGCUAGGCUGGGUCGGGCCUGACCGGGCUAAGGACCCAGAGCCCGGUCGCCGUCGCUGCCGGAUGCCGGUGUGCUCGGAUCGGAAGGGCCUCUUUGUGUGGAUGGGAAGGAUGGAGUUAGAAGAGCAGUGGUGGAAGGGGCAACUGGCGAGCGACAUACACCAGGCGCUGAGAGUCAAGGAACUGAAGCUGCCUGUCUACAAGGCUCAUUCACCACAGAUUGGCUUGCGCCGCUAUUUUGCUGACCUCCUUGCCAUCUUAAGUAAUCGCUACCAGCUUUGCCCUACGGCACGUCACCUUGCUGUUUACUUACUAGACCUCUUCAUGGAUCACUACGAUGUUGCAGCAAAACAGCUGUAUGUCAUUGCUCUCUCCUGCCUCCUCCUAGCUAGCAAAUUUGAAGAGAAAGAAGAUCGGGUGCCUAAAUUGGAACAGCUGAACAGUCUGGGCUUCAUGAGCAGCCUGCAUCUGGUGCUGAACAAGCGAGACUUGCUGCAAAUGGAGUUGCUGCUGCUGGAGACUUUCAACUGGAACCUCUGUUUGCCCACCGCGGCGCACUUCAUUGACUAUUACCUUUCGGGCUCCGUCCAUGAGAGUGACCUGCACAAUGGCUGGCCGCUGACUUCUAUCACCAAAACCAAAGCGUUCAUGGAAAAAUAUGCCCACUAUUUUUUAGAAGUUUCUCUUCAAGAUCACAGUUUUCUGACUUUUCGUCCAUCACUGGUAGCAGCUGCCUGCAUAACAGCUUCCCGUAUUUGUUUACACAUCAGUCCAUCCCUGACCACUCAUCUUCACCUACUGACUGGGUAUACUUGGGAGCACCUGACUGCUUGUGUUGAGCUCAUGCUGAUUGCCCAUGAUAAUGAUGUCAAAGAAGCCAACAAAACCAAAGGACAACAGCCAAGUCUACAGCAGCAAACAACAGUGCAACAGCAACAUCAACACCAGUCCUCACCGCAGCUCUUGUUCCAGCAGGGUCAAUAUCAACAUUUCGCCCAGAACUCAUCACAGCUUGUGCAGUUCCAUUCGCCGUUGCAAUCUCAGGCUUCAGUUCAGAGCCAUAGGAGCCAUGUGCAGGGUCGUCGAGCUGCCAUUGUCUCAGGAAGUACCAGCAACAGUUAUACACUACAGUCAUACCCAGGUUUCCAAGCCAACCUACAGUCCACUGUAAGGGCUCUGCCUGUUCAGGGACCUAUUGCUAUGCAGGUUGCCAUAACUACUGAGCCAAGACACUGCAUCACUGUGGCUUAUGGGAGUAAUUUUUUAAGUGGACAUCACACAUACUCAACUAGCUGUUUUGACAGAUGACAGUAAUUCUAAUAAUGCAUUUUCUGCUAUCUUCCCGAAUUAGUAAAUACUUUUUCAAUGUUUGAAACUCUCUGACAGGAGAUAUACAAUUUGCUAGAUGGAGUUAACUUUUUAUUUUGGAUAUGCAAAACAUGCAUUUACCAUGCAGCUUUCCUUGUUACAAUUUUUCUGGAAAUCUGCUAAUUAUUUUCAACUGAGAAUGCCUCAGUGUUGGUAUUCUGUGUGAAAAUUUUUGAGACUAAGUAGUCCAAUGGGAUGUCAGGAAGCCAUAUGAAAAUAUUUUGAUAGAUUUGGAUAAGCAAACAAUACUUUUUGUAGAGAAUUUUAAAGCUGCUGCCUUAACUCACUUAAAGGGCUGUUGUUACUGUGAUAUUUUUAUAUUGUUUACUUGAAAGCUAUGGGGGCACUUUUUGUUACUUGAAGGCAAUGCUGUUAGCCCCACUUGUGUUAAAUGUAACACAGGCUGCCUGUGAUUUUCUGGUGUUUUAACCCAGGGAGUAUUGAGAGACAUUUCAGAGUGCAAUAUGGUUUGUGUCUUAGCUGUACCUUCACUUUAAACUGUUUAUGGCACUGUAUUCCCAUUUCAAUCGCAUAAUUGGCAAGGCAAUGUUGCAGCAAUUGACUUUUAAUGUUAAGACUGCUGCUGUUCACAGUAGUAACUAACCAUCCCAGAUAAUGAUUGCCUGUUGCAAUUAUACUUUUUCAUUUCAAGAUGGAGGGCACGUGGUAUGAGAGAUGCACUCACUGGUUCAAGAAAUAUCACUGCUGUUCAGCAGAGGUAACCUACUGAAAAUUCUGAGUUUAGAAACAGCUGUUUAGGGGAUAGUUUAGUAACUUAGAACUGAUAUUUAAACCUUAUUUUAGAUUCAACACUGGCUGCUUAGUAAUGUAACAAAAUAACUUCGCUUGGUUCUAUCAAUAGUGAAUCCAAGAAGUUGGCACAACCAAACCAAACUAGGCGAAAGUCCUGUGUGCACAUGCAAGGGUAAAUUCCUCAAUGAUUAAAAGCUCAUUAGAUUUAAAACCUCUUCAGAUUUGACAGAAGGGACAAAAUGAUAAAUACCUCUUGCUGCUUUUGUUGAUCAGCUUAAAUACAAGGCAAUUACCUCAGGAUACUUGGGUUCUCCUUACAUAUGACCUAAGUUUCACCUUCACAGUAUUGAAGAUGACAAUGUGCAGUAUUAAGAGCACAGCAGACCUUAUUUACAUUUUGAUUUUUUAAAAAUCUGAAACAGAGGGAUCCAAAGAGGCUUAACUGCUUUCUGUAAAAUGUGUAAUAUUUUGGUUCUUUGUUAAGUUUAUUUGUGUGGGCUAUAUUUGAAACCAACGAAGGAAAUUCAUGCAAACAUAUUAGAAACUAUAAAAUUCAGAUCUAAAAAAGUAAAAAUUUGUAACAAUCAUUAAAAUCUUACGGCAAGUAGCUUUCAUUUUCAGUGUAAUUAACUUGAAUUUUUAAGACUUCAUAUUUAAGCUAAAACUGUUCAUCGAAGCAACUUGUUACUUAGCCUCAUCAAUCCCUUGUGGGGACACAGACAAGAAAGUUACCACAAAUGAUCUGAGAAUUCUGAAUUUUUAGAAAGGGAAUUCAUCUAAUCUGUCAUUCUUUCUCACUUUCCCAUUAUCUACUGCGAGAUUAUAUAUGUGUGGACGAAGUUGUAUUUGGCUGUGAUAAUUUCUCUGAAUUGCCCAGUUAGACCUGUCCAGGUACGUACAUGAAGAAUGACCCUAGGGCUAAACACCAGGGUUUGAUAUUUCCUGUAAUGGAGAGAGGCAAAAAAUGAGUCAGGCCCCUUUUGUGAUUUGCAUACACGGAUGUCUAGUUACAAUUCUGAACCUGUAGCUGAAAGGCAUAGGUUUAUUUUGGAUUUUACAAAAAACAUUACAGGAUGGAAGACUUGUUUAAGAGCUUCACCAUUUUAGCUUUUUCUGUUUGUAAUGUAGUGGAAGUUUUAGGCUCAUGGGGAGAGUGACUUAGUGCAACGAUGGUUUAGUUAGAUAUAAUGAAUUUUGUUUCAUUUCUGUGUGAUGUUAAGUCAUGUUCUAGCUAACUAUAGUUCUAAUCCACUUCAGCAACAGUUACUUUCAUGUAUGCUUCAUAGUCUUUUGGGGACAGUUUGGAGGUGAAUGUAAAAAGACAAUGAUGAAUAGUUUAAUAACUUGGAGUUUUAGUUAAAAACGACUGUUAAUGUACGUGCUUAAGUGUCAAUCAAACUAAAAAGUCCCACUCCCAAUUAAGUUACUCUAGUAUGGGAUAUGAACAGUACUGUUGCCAAUCAUGUAGGGGCUAUGCAUUCACCCUUGGGUUGCACAGAUUAAUCAAUUUGUAGAUCAGUUAUCAUCACAGCCACACAGCAGUUGAUUGAACUGCUGUCUGUAUGGGGCUGAUCACUGCUGUCCAUGUGACUGGGAGUAGCCAGAGGGCAGGCUCUGAUUUUUAUUUCAGGGCAAUGACUGACAAGAUUUUUCAAGGCAGCUGGUAUUUAUUCAGCAUGCUGCCAUGUUAUGACAUCACUGUAUUUGACCCCAAAUGUGUGCUGACCCAGCAGUUUGUACUUCUUUCUUUUUAAAAAAAAGGUAGUUUUAAUGUGUUCACAAGUUCAACUGUUGAGAAAUUAUUUAUUUUUAAAAAGAAAUAUGUAAAUGUAAUACAUUGGGAUGAAUUCUCCAGCAGGUCAUUUUUGGCCUGUGAUCAAGUUUUGAUCUCAAUCUGCCUGAAGUUCUUGGUCUGCUUAUUUUUUAAAAGCUGUUUAAUUUAACUAAACAAUCUCAUUAGAAGGCAGGUCUGUUGAGGAAUGACUACCCCAGAGACAUUUCACACAGUAUGGGACAGUGUAUUUAAAAGUGCCUUUUGCAUCUAAAUCUUUAAUUUUUAACGUUUUGUAAGUGUAAAUUGUUGUUCAGGUAGCACCAGAGGUUUACUUAUACAAAUUUAAGAAAUGAAUGCCUAAUUACUUUUAAGGCUUACAGCCAUUUUUAAAUUGGACUUUCAUCUUAUCAUAAGUCAUGCAUUGGUUUUCUUAAAAGUACAUUGAAUGAAAGUAGUUGGGGGAGUUUGAUAAAAGACACAUAGUGUGGCUGGUAUUUUAGGAGGUUGGAAUCUUAUGCACAAGAUUUACCAGACUGGUGGAAUGAGACACAGUCUUUCAAAUACAGUCAUUGUUUUGAGACUUUGAGAUGACUGAACACACAGUUGAGAAUGUAUUAUAUGUGUUGGUGCGUAUACAGUCUAUUAAUUAGAUAUUGCAACCAGUAACUACUUUACUGAAUAGAAGUAGGGGAAUAUACUUUGUAUUAAACAAGACAGGAUAAUGUCAGAUGCAUUCUAGUGAAUAUAUGAAGGAAUUGUGAAACAAGUUGCAAAUGUGACAAUACUGUCAAACCAUGAGAAACCAAGUGGAAAAACUAGUGACCAAAAAUAUUACUGUAGUUCCGAUCCAUUAUACAAAGUUAGAUCAUUUUAUUCCUGUCCAGAGAUGUACUGUUUUAGAGGGACCUCUUUAACAGCACAGUAUGCCAAAUAUCCAUGUACUUUCCAAUGUAAGACAAGAGUCAAAUACCUGCUGAAACACUAAUUUUGCUAGCAAUUUUAUUUAAAUAAAUCUUAGAUCUGGCUAUUUGAAGUUUAAACAAAUGUGACUGAAGUAAAAACCUGUGUACUUUUUAAAAUAAAUGCCAGUCUAUUAAUUCCUGUUUUCCCACUUCGUAUUUACAUUCAAAUCUGUCUCUUUAAUCUCAUAAAUAGUUUCGAUCCUGGGCAUGACCACUUGAUUGCUUCUGUUCUUUUCUAGUUUUGUUCUCUCUUCUCCAGAUCAGUAUUCAUCUAUUACAUUCAGUCAUUAUGUUGAACUUGACCAAGUGUAGCAAAGCGUAGCAUGAAUUACAGAAUCUCUUAGUCCCAUCUUCCAAACUCAUCACUUCUACCACUUUGAAGAAUAAUACAAGUAAAUGGAUGAAAACACCCACCUGCAAUAUACCUUGAAAGUUACUCACCAGCCUGGAACCAUAUGCCUUUCCCUUUAUUGUGAUUCAUUCGAAGUCCUGAAACUCUCCUAAGUAAUGGUGUGGAUAUGUCUAUACCACAUGGGCUGCAAGGCAUCAAGAAGAUGGCUCCUCAUCACUUCUGUAAAGGCAACUAGGAGUGGACAUUUAAUUCAAAACCAAAGAACUGCGGAUGCUAUAAAUCUUGAGACAAAAACAGAAAUUGCUGGAGAUAUGCAACAGAUCUGGCAGAAUCUUUGGAGAAAAAUGCAGAGUUAAGGUUUUGGGUCCAGUAACUCACCUUCAGAACAGUUGAGUUCUGAGGAUGUGUCACUGACCAAAAUAUUAACUCUGCUUUUUCUCCAUAUUGAAUUAGCUGUAUUUAAAUUCCCAAAAAGCAUUCAACAAAGUUCAACAGAAAAAAUUAUUGCGCAAGAUAAGAUUUAAUGGCGUUGAUGUUAGUAUAAGUGUGGGUAGUUCACUAUCAGGCAAUAGAGUUAAGCAAAAUAGGUCAUUUUCAGAAUGGUGAACUGUAGCUAAUAGCAGUCAGGGCUGGUGCUUCAACUAUUUGCAGUUAAUAUUGAUGAAUUUAUUGGAGAGCAUGUCCUUUAGCCAAAUAAUGCUGAUCUUAAAAAUAGGUAUGAAUGCAGUUUGUGAGGAACAUGCAAAAUCUCUGCAAAGGCAUAUUGAUGGAUUAAGUUUCUUCAUCUCACUGUACUUUGAGUCUGUUCCCUGCUUGAUGGUCUAUAAAUACGUGGAAGAAACAGUUUUUAGGAGUUUCCAUAUUACAGUAUCAAUGGAUCUUUUAAAAUAUAGCAGGAUCUGGUUCAGGUCUUUACCAGACCCUAAUCAGUUUUUCCAUAUCUAACAGAGUACCAAGUUUAUUUGAAAUUGAAACAUUAGUUUCGUUUUGUGAUGUACUGUUUGAAAAUAGUCAAGGAUGAAAAUAUUGCAUCUGUUGAUCUUCAGUGGCAGAAGUGAUUGAGCAGGCAAAUGGAAUAUUGACAUUCGUUGCAAAGGUGUUCCCGAUAUAAAGGAAGGUAAAUUUUAAUGUAACCAUACAGAACAUUGAUGUGAAUACACCUAGGGUACUGCAUAAGGGUUUUGUUUUCCUUAUUUAAGCAUAAUUUUGCAUUGGAGAGAGUUCAGAGAAGGUACAUUUGGUUGAUUCUGUGGAUGAAAGAGAUCUAAUUGGGCCUAUACUCGAAGACGUCCAGAAGAAUGAGGCAAUCUUAUUGAAGCAAAAAAAUUCUUUGGGGGCUAGACAGGGUUGAUGCUGAGGGGAGGAUCUCAACCUAGAGAGUAGUUUCAAAAUAAGGGGCCCCCUUUUAAAGGCAGUGAUGAGGAGAAGCUUCCUGUCUGAGGGUCUUUAAUCCUUGGAAUUCUGUACACAGAGAGCAAUGAAGGUGGACUCACUGAAUGUUUAAAUCCAAGGCAGACUGAGUUUUGAUGUACCAAGGAUUCAACAGUCAUGUGGGAAGCAUGGGCCAAUAAUGUAGACGUUCAGAAGUUACCACCAACAAUAUUGCAACUCCUUCACAAGUGCCUGAAUUAUUUGUCCACACCAACUCCACAAACUAACCAAUGGCAAUCAACUGAAUUGAUAAACACAUUUGCUCUCAUGCUUUUAGUCUCACUAUAAAAUCCUUGGAAAAUUAUGCUUUUUGAGUGAGCUGUUAUUGCAUUUUUAAUGGAAUACUAUGUAAUUAAUGCUGAACAUCCUGACUAGCUCAAAGAAGCUAAUUUUAUACUUGU